AUGGAUGUUGAAAGUGCAUUGAGAAAUGAUCGUUCAUUGUGUCCGCUGACUUACACGGAUCUUGGUUGCAGUGUUAAGAGCAGAUGGCUCUUAUCAAGGAAGAGAAAAGAUAAUGAUGUACAAAUUAUUCUUAAGGAUGCCUGUGGGGCGAUACGACCUGGUCGUCUUACAUUCAUACUCGGACCCUCAGGGGCUGGAAAGACUACGCUACUCAAAAUAUUAGCCGGCAGAAAGAAAUCUGGUGUCACCGGAUCUCUGCAAGGAGUGACCCGGAAUAUAGUAUUGGUGCCUCAACAAGUGACACUUAUAGACACUCUCACUGUGAAAGAGACGAUGCAAUUCGCUGCUUCAUUAAAACUAUCACGUGCUAGUUACCAGGAACAAUAUAAUACUAUAGAAAGGAUAUCAAAACAAUUAGGUAUCAAUGAUGUCUUGAAUACGAGAGCCGGUCGACUGUCGGGAGGAGAACGUAAAAGGCUCACGGUUGCCUGUGAACUUCUAACGGACCCAACAAUUAUGUUACUUGAUGAACCGACUAGCGGCCUAGACUCAGUAUCUUCAAUGUCAGUAGCAAGAGCUCUAAAAUCAGUAGCACAAAGUGGAAGAACAGUAGCAUGUGUGAUUCACCAGCCUUCUUCACAACUGUUCACAUCUGCUGAUGACGUAAUUCUAAUGGCUAAUGGCAGGACAUUAUACGCCGGCGCUGUUACAGAUGUACCAGAAAUGUUAAGGAAAUCUGGUUUCGUGUGCCCACUCUAUUACAACAUGGCCGAUUAUCAUAACUCAACAGAAGUUGAAUCGUUAUUACACAGAAAAGUUCAAUCUGACAAUCAUUACGAAGCAGGAUUUGGGCAACAACUACGGUCGCUUCUUUGGAGAGGCUACUUGGGAGCUCUUAGGGAUUUCCAUUUAACACAGAUAAGGGUUUUAACCCAUUUCGUGGUGGCGUUAUUAUUGGGUGCUUUGUAUCAAGGUGCUGGUGCGGAGGCGAGCCGUAUGAUUUCAAAUACAGGAUGUCUAUUCUUUUUCUUACUAUUUUUAUAUUUCUCAAACGCAAUGCCCACGAUACAUACUUUCCCAGUGGAAUCAACUGUGGUACUCCAAGAACAUCUCAAUAAAUGGUAUUCUUUAUCAACGUAUUGCAUCACAAAAAUUGUAGUCGAUCUGCCUAUUCAGCUGCUUUGUGCAACGAUCUUUGUUUUACCGGCGUGGUACUUAACUUCUCAGCCACUUGAACCAUAUAGACUCAUCCUGGCAUGGAGUAUUUGCACCCUCCUGACGAUCCUAGCUCAAACUUUUGGCCUAGUAGUUGGAGCUGCGUGUGGAGUUAAGCUCGGUCUUUUCGUGAUUCCUGCUGCCAACAUCCCCAUGCUAAUGUUUUCUGAAUUCUUUAUCCCCUACCAAGAAAUGCCAUCUUAUUUACAACCGUUCGCAUUAAUGUCCUACUUCCGUUACUCUUUUGAUGCAUUCAUGCAAACCGCUUACGGCUUCGGCCGCAAGAACUUACCUUGCAACAAAAUAUUUUGUCUUUUCAAACAACCUGACAAAUACCUUGACUACUUGGGCCUUCAACAAAACUUCACGAAUGAUGUUAUAGCACUUGUGGCUCUUAUUGAUUAUGAUCAUAGGAACUUCUUAGAUUGGUCCUAG